UCGUCUUCUGUGACGUCUUCAGAUAGCUAGCACUGCAACGCUCUACACUAAACGUCCAUUUUGUGGGCUUUAGAAAAGGCGAAUUAUUAAGGUAUCCGUUACUGUCUUUGCUGUGAAUCUAAAUAACUGCUUUAUUGUAUUUUGGAAACUUUUGUCGGGAAGCCCUGAAAAGUAAAGCCGUUCAGUUCGCCAUCUUUUUUCUUCUUCUUCUAUUAUUUAAGGGAGAUCGGUGUGCGUUACCGCCACCUUGUGAAGUGGCGGAGUGUUGCAACGUUAAAGAACCAACUUUCAGUCAAUUCAUGAAUAUAGUUAUAUCUGCUCCCGGAACCAUUCCACACUAAUUCGUCUAUACCCGGAUGUGAUGUAAGAACGCAAAUAGAUACGUCACGGACACGUCACAAGUAUUAUUUUCAUUGUCUGACGCUGAAGAUACUUUAUUAUCGCCCUGUUUUCAUGUCUUCAUGCAUCCCAGCAUGGCCAAUCACACAAUAUGAGGAAAUCAUUUCAACAACUUGCAACGUCAUUCCGGAUACAGCUUCCGGGUCACGUGGUUGAAACCUAGCUAUACGGAGAAAAGGAAGAAAAACAACGUGGCGUGCUGUGGUUUUUAGAGCCCGGACAGAAGUUGGAAAUUAGGAGACAGCAGUUAAAUAGAUUAACAGUAAAUACAACAACAAAUAACACAGAGACAAAAGCCCACAAAAGCGAACUUUGGCGUAUCGGAGUCAUAGAAGAUGAACCACUGCUAUGCUAAGAUGGCGACGUCCAGUCAAAGAGAAGGAGGAAGAGAAUCAUCGCCACCAACUCCCGGAAAAUCAUCAACGGAGAAACCCCCCCGGACAACAGAUAACAACGUCCAGCAGCUGACUGGCUGUCAAGAAGAACAUCCCACACAGCCACAGGGGGGUGAGGAGGAUCUACAGCCCCCCCAUGUUAAAGAGGAAGAGGAGCAGGAGGAUGAUCUCACCAAGCUCACUGUUGUCUCUGUGAAGAUUGAAGACCAUGAAGACAUGACAAAUUUGUUGUGUCCUUCAGACGUCCAGCAGAUGAUUGGUCAUGACGGAGAAUGUCCCCCUCAGUCGCAGGAGGGGAGCUCCACUUUGACAAAAGAGAAUCCACAGCCCUCCCACUGUAAAGAGGAAGAGGAGGAACUCAAAAUCACUGAAGAGGAGGAGUAUCUUCUCGAGGAUGAUCUCACCAAGUUGCCACUGACCGUGUUUGUGAAGAUUAAAGACGAAGAGGAGACACAAGUCGACCUUUUGGCCCCACUAUCCGAUAGUGACGACACGUCAUACUGCCCCGAGGAUGACGACCAAGAAGCUUUGAGCAGCAACACCGACUCUGAAGAUGAUAUGGGCAUGCCCACUGACGAGAGGGCGGCUGAAGUUUGCGCUCAAGGCUUUUCUGACGAGUACCACUCGAGUAUAACUCCACACACGCAGACCCAGACUAGAAAAAAACCUUUUAGUUGUUCGGUUUGCGGUCAAAGAUUCUCCCGUAAGUCUGCUUUGAUAUUGCACACGAGAACGCACACAGAAGAAAAACCUUUCAGUUGCUCAGUGUGCGACACAAGAUUCUCUCAGCGUGCACACAUGGUGUCACAUAUGAGAAGCCAUACCAGAGAAAAACCUUUUUGUUGUUCCGUGUGUUGUCAAUUAUUUGAUGGGAAGUCGGCUUUGGAAUCACACAUGGAAACGCACUCGGGGGAGAAACUUUUCAGCUGCUCUGUUUGCGACGAAAGCUUUUCCAACAAGAGCAGUUUAUCUUAUCACAAGCUGAAACACAAAGAAAAGAAACCUUUUGCUUGUUCCGUUUGUACGAAAAGAUUCUCUCUGCGUGCGCACAUGGAAUCACACAUGAGAAGGCACACGGGAGAAAAACCGUUUAGCUGUUCUGUUUGUAACAAAAGAUUUGCUCACCAGUCAACCUUGGUAUCGCACAUGAGAAUGCACACAGGUGAAAAACCUUACAGUUGCUCAGUUUGCGAGGAAAGCUUUUCCAACAAGAGCAGUUUAACUUAUCAUAAACUGAAACACACGGGAAGAAGAGCCUUUGCUUGUUCCGUCUGUAGCAAAACCUUCCCAAUGCGUGCGCACAUGUUAUCACACAUGAGAACGCAUACGGGAGAGAAGCCGUUCAGUUGCUCCGUUUGUAGCGAAAGCUUUUCUUACAGCUACAGUUUGACACAUCACAUGCAGAAACACACUGGAGAAAAACCCUUUGAGUGCUCAGUUUGCGCUAAAAGAUUCUCUCAGCGUGCCCACUUGGUGACGCACACGAGAACGCAUACAGGAGAAAAACCUUUUAGUUGUUCUGUUUGUGCACAAAGAUUUGCUCGAAAGUCGUACGUUAUAUCACACAUGAGGAUGCACACCGGUGAAAAACCUUUCACUUGCUCGGUUUGCGAUAAAACGUUCACGAGAAGAGAACAUAUGGUGUCUCACAUGGGAAUGCACACAGGAGAAAAACCGUUUACUUGCUCGGUUUGCGGCGAAAGCUUUUCCAGCAGGAGGAGAUUGACUUGUCACACACACACCCACACCGGAGAAAAGGCGUUUAUUUGUUUGGUUUGUGCUGAAGCGUUUGUCUUUAAGAGUCAUUUGAUUCAACAUGAACGCACACACAAAAAUGAGAAAAGUUUGAGAUGUUCCGUUUGUGAGGAAAGUUUUUCUCAUAUGAAAAGUUUGGCAGUUCACAUUCAGACGCACGAUGGUGAAUAAAUGUCGUCAUGGUCUGUGUGUGUGUGUGUGUGUGUGUGUGUGUGUGUGUGUGUGGAAAGAUUUUAAAACGAAAGAUGUCAUGUCACAGGUGAGAAAUGCUCCACUUUGCGUAUGAUACAAGUUAUCCUUUUGGGUUAGUGUGUUGAUUUGUUGUGUUUUUCAUUUUCCUUCCUUAUCUUCUGCUUCUGUAUCAUUUUGUAGACUUUCCGUAACCUUGCUUUUUGUUUUUUAGUUAUUUUUUAUGAGGCCCAGAAUUCCUGGCCGCACCCAUCGGUGAUCAUUAAGUUGCGUUUGUGUUGUGACGAUGUUCUGUAAUAAUGUUCUACAUGUACUAACUUUACACUUGGUAUCGGCUUUAAUGAAGCAAACAUUAGAUUACGGAGACAAUGACUGGGACUAUUUUUUGUUGGAUGAAUACAACAAAAAAUGACCAUGACCUUCUGCUGUAACAUUUUCCAAACAUACUUUUUGUAUAAAUUCUUAGUAUAAAGUAUGCUUAAUGUAAUGAUGACUUGGUCAGUACCGGAGGGGGCUCUAUUGUAUAACAAGCCAGUGUUAUGCAUGACUAUAGGACCUAGGACACUGAUAAGAUGGAUGAAUGUUAUGUCUAUAUAUGCCUGUGUAAAUGUAUAUAUAUAUAUAUAUAUAUACAUAAAUAUGUAACAGCAGAAAUGUAACAACUCCGCUUCUGCACCUUCUAAUCGAGUAUUAAAAUGGCUUUCUUGUUUGUUCCGUUAUUUGUUUAGUAUGCUUACAUAAUUAUACAUGAAUAUAGUUGGGGGUGCCUACUCUUCCUUAAUAGUAUAUCCAUCUCUGUGGGUGGGCUUGUGGGAGUGCUUGGGAUGGUGUAAAUUACACAGCCCGUUUACUUGCAAGAGGCAGGGAAUCCAUAAAAAUAUUGCAGGGAGAGGUGCAAAGUCUGGAAGAUCAAGAAAGCUUUCUGUGUGGGUUAUUUUGUGUUGCUGUUCUACUGUUAAUGUAGGUAACAGGUCCUGUUUACCUACUUUAAAACUCAAAAUGACAUCAAUCUUAAAGGGAUAGUUCAGAUUAGGGAUGAGCCGAAUACUCGUUAUAAACGAGUAUAUUAUGGAUAAUGCAUUUUUUUUAUUAAAAGAGUAUUAAAACAAGUACAGCUGUCAAUUAUUAUAUCCGUAAAAUAAAUCCUUAUAUGUAUACUAUUGUGUAGUUGUUAGCAAUAAAGUUUGUUUUUAAAAAAAAAAACCCUCAUUGGAUAUUGUACUCACUAUUCAUUCUUUAUGCUCUGUGAUGAAGUUUGCUGCA